GUUAUUUUUUAUUAUUUUUAUUUUUUUUCGUGUGUACGAUCUAUAAGAAUUCUUCCCUUAAAUCGUAAUUCAUAAUUUGAUAAUUCUACACAAUGUAUUAAAUAAUAUUUGUUAUUCGAUUUGUUAUGACGAUCAUAUCAUUAGACGAUUCUAUCCCGAAUAAUUUUUCGACAAAUUGCAGAAUUAUUUUUAUGAAAUUCGUAUCUCGUUAAAUUUGUUUCCUGUUUUUUUUUUCUAUGUCUUAUCUUAUACUUUGUAGAUAAUUAAGUUUAUUCAUGAUUUGCAACUUUGCCAUUCACCUCGAAUGUCGCGUGGUAGAUGCAGCGAGCGUCAUUACCGAUGCGAUCGGCCACAGAUGACUUAGUCCCGGUUACAUCGUCUGGCGUCGGGCCGAUCGGGCGAUUCGGGCGAGCCUUGUCAAUUGCUGAUAUAUUCACAUAUGUCGCGCGUCAUGUCGACGUCUGAUGGGGCGUUAGGUUAGACCAUUGUUCCUGAUAUUGGCGAUUUCUUUGAGUUUCUAAAAUUGAGCAAAAUAUUAUAGGAAAGGGAGAGUAAAAAGAAAAAGAGGUGUUGCCGUGUUCAGGAAAAAAAAAAAAACAAUUGGAAGAAAAGAAGUCAAAAUGAGAAUGAGAUUUCUCUCGUUGACGACUCCUAGACGUGGUCGCGUCUAAAUAACAAUUAGUCUAAUUUACGUCAAGAUAGGCUAUUAUCGUUUUGUCCACCGCGGAAUUUCCGUUUUGUCCACCAGCUCCGCUUCUUGGUGCCGAUGAUGUAACUGUGCGAGACAAGACGAGACGCGAGAACUCCCUGAACAUGCUGCUCGCAUUCGUAACGUGAACGGGAGAAUGCAAACAAUGCUACAGGCUCGUUGGGAACGCUCUCAGAAACGCAAGAAACUCCUGGCUCAAACGCUGGGAGUUUCAAGCGUGGACGAACUCCGGCAGAUUCUGGGAACGGAUGUGGAAGACACUCAGAAGAAGAGAGGUAGGCUGUCCAACGACAAGUCCGAUAACGCGGUCAAGGAUUUGAAAGACGACGUUGCUCCAACGGACGAGAUUGUAUAUAAGGAUUCCUCGACGUUUUUGAAGGGAACACAAUCGUCGAAUCCGCACAAUGAUUAUUGUCAACAUUUUAUCGACACUGGCCAACGGCCGCAGAAUUUCAUCAGAGAUGUGGGUCUGGCAGACAGAUUCGAAGAAUAUCCGAAAUUGCGCGAGCUGAUCAAGUUGAAGGACGAUCUAAUCGCGGAGACCGCAACUCCACCAAUGUAUCUAAAAACAGACCUGCUGUCGUAUAACCUGAAAGAGCUCAAUUGUAAAUUUGAUGUCAUUCUUAUAGAGCCACCUCUGGAAGAGUAUCAGAGAACAUGCGGCGCAACCAAUGUGCAACUUUGGAACUGGGACCAAAUAAUGGAGUUGGAUAUCGGUGAGGUGGCCGCCAAUCGCAGUUUUGUAUUUUUGUGGUGCGGCAGUAGCGACGGAUUGGACAUGGGACGAUUUUGUCUGCGCAAAUGGGGCUUCCGCCGUUGUGAGGAUAUCUGUUGGAUCCGUACAAAUAUCAACAAUCCUGGUCACAGCAAGAACCUAGAUAGUAAAGCAGUGCUGCAAAGAACGAAGGAACAUUGUCUAAUGGGUAUCAAGGGAACAGUGCGACGUUCUACUGACGGUGAUUUUAUUCAUGCUAAUGUCGAUAUUGAUCUCAUUAUAUCCGAAGAGCCUGAUUAUGGAUCCAUUGAGAAACCUGUAGAGAUUUUUCACAUCAUCGAACAUUUCUGCCUCGGUCGAAGAAGAUUGCAUCUUUUUGGUCGUGAUAGUACUAUCAGACCUGGUUGGUUGACAGUAGGUCCAGAAUUAACAAAUACUAAUUUCAAUGCAGACCUUUAUCAAAGUUACUUUGCCAAUGGCCAGAUCACUACCGGCUGUACUGAAAGAAUAGAAGCACUCAGACCGAAAUCGCCGCCGCCAAAAGGAAAAGCAUCUGGCCGAGGAAGAGGAGGCUUUAAUCGUGGCAGAGGUAGAGGGAGAUAGAUAAAUCAGACUCUUGUAUUAUGUCUUUCGAACAUUAUUGCAAUAGAUGUAAGAAAUUUGAAUAAAUACACAUAUAUAAUUACGGAAGGCA